AUGUCUGGACAGCGAGCACGACAGCUCAUCACGGCUGCCUAUGCGCAGUACGCCAACGAUGCUACACACCUCGCUCUCGCCUCCCGUUCACUAUGCCGACCUGGCGCUGCUCGCCUCGCACACUUUGCACCGACGCCUGCCCGAUCCUUAAUUGCUGAAACAUUCUCGACAUCAUCCUCGACAUCGCAGAGCGCAAUCCAGCAGCUUCAGGGCGACAGCGCGCUGCCUCUCACCGACCUUGCCGACAAGCUCGCUGGCCUGACCGGCAAGUCGACGCACAUCUUCGGUGCCGACGACAAGGCCAAGGCCGCCACCAACGAGUGGUUGCAGAAGCUCGACAAGGCGGACGAGCAGCAGUUUGUCUCUGCCGAGGGCCUCAAGGCGCUCGACGCCCAGCUCAGCAACGUCACCUUCCUCGCAUCCAACGAGCCUACCGUGGCGGAUCUUGCCCUCUUUGCUUCCAUCUACCCCGCCGUGUCCAAGCUGCAGCCCGCCGAGCAGCACGCCGCCCCUUCGGUCGCACGCUACGUCUCGCACCUGUCCAACCUGAGCCAGGUCGCCAAGGCUGCGAACGCCGCCCAGCUUGGAUUCUCCUCCUUCGAGCCUGUCUACGAGGGCAUGCCCAAGAUCGAGCGUGCCAAGCCCGAGGACCUGAAGAAGGCCAAGAAGGCCAACAAGGAGGCGGCGGCGGCUUCGUCGGUGGCAGCGACCGACGGCGAGAAGAAGGAGCCUUCCAAGCCGCAGCAGCAGGACCAGCAGCCGAAGAAGGAGAAGAAGGAAAAGAAGGAGAAGGCACCCAAGGAGGCCAAGGCCGGCGGCGGCGGAGGCAAGAAGGGCGGCGCCGCGGCGGGUGCUGCUGACACCACGGGUCCCAUCCCUUCGCAGGUCGACCUGCGUGUGGGCAAGAUUGUGUCGAUCGAGAAGCACCCGGACGCCGAUGCACUCUACCUCGAGAAGGUCGACUUUGGAGAGGCCGAUGGCCCGCGAACCAUCCUCAGUGGACUGGUCCACUUUGUGCCCAUCGAGAAGAUGCAGAACCGCAUGGUGAUUGGUGUGUGCAACCUCAAGCCCGUUGCAAUGCGUGGCAUCAAGUCGUACGGCAUGCUCCUCUGCGCCACCCACAAGGACGGCAAGGACGGCGGUGUGGAGCCCGUGUACCCGCCCGCUGGCAGCCAGCCAGGCGACAAGGUCUGGGUCGAGGGCUUCGAGGGCCGUGAGCCCGAGGCUGUGCUCAACCCCAAGAAGAAGAUCUUUGAGACGAUCCAGCCUGGAUACACGACCACCGAGAACAAGGAGUGCGCCUGGGUGGGUGCGCUCCCGGAUGCUGCGGAUCCCGAGGCGGACAAGAAGCCGCGUCUGCUGCGAACCGAAAAGGGCGUUCUCUACUCGGAGAACUUUGUGGGCGCCUCGCUCUCCUAA